GCUUCCGACUGACUGAAGAACAGAGAUCUGGACUUGAGAAAGCAAGAGAGAACACACACUUAGCAUGAAGCCCAGGAGGCGGCGGCCCUCGGUGGAUCUGCUGCCCACCAUCGCAGAGCUCCAGGAGAGCGAGCUUCAGGCUCAAAGUCUGGAGGAGUACAUGGAGUCCAUUCGGGAGCUGUCCCAGCCCAGCUACCCCCUCAGUGGCCCCCUGCAGCGCUCCCGUCUGUGCCCACUGCGGACCGCCAGAUUCCCCAGCAUGAGCCUGGCACACAGACCCUGGGCCAUCAGCAGACCUGACAACGCAUCACUGACCCUGAACCACUGCAAGUGCCCGAACAUUUCACAUCAAGACCCGCUGGACUGGCUGUUCGCACAAACACAACACACCAUAGGGACUCCUAUACAGAGCAGUCCUGAAGACCUCGCAAUGAUAUAAGCAUAAAACAUGUUAACUUGG